AUGUCAGCACAUCCUGUGUUAAUGCCCCGUGGGAGAACAAUUUGGGUAGAUGGAGGGUCAACUUCGAGAGCUUAUACCGUUCCUCAGGGAUCGCAACCCCCAGGUUCGCCAGAUAGCCCUGUCAAAUCUUCUUGGACAUACACCAAAAGGCUCGCCCCAUCGAAACAUUUUUCUCGCAGGCCUUCAAGGAGGUGGCCUGCAAAAACCAAAGGAAACAGAUAUUAUACGAGACCUCAAGCUUCUUUGUAGAGAUCAAUUGGCUGUCGCACAUGAUGCCUUCCGGGCUUUGGUUAACCUCUCUGAUUCACCUUUGCUGGUUCCUUUCUUAACAGAGCCGCUGUUUCUGAACUUCAUAGUAUCGUACAUCCUCAACCCUGAUGCAGUACUUGCUGAUCUCGCCUCGAUGCUUCUCUCAAAUUUGACGGCUUCUUCAGCUGCAUGUGCUGCUCUGCUGAAGCUGAAUAUAUCACUCAUACCUGGUGCCUUCUCUUCCAUCCCCUAUUAUCCUACCCAGUCUCGAGCGGGCACAUGUUCACCCCCCACGCCCUAUCCAUCUGGAGAGGCUUGUGAUGUAUUAGCAUUGCCACUCCUUAUCGAUGCUUUUGUGCAAGGAGCUCUUGUCGAAUCAUUAGGCGAAAAUCAACCGCGGCAGCGCAGAGGAGAACUCCAUUUUCUCUCCAGCGUUUUUGCAAACCUUAGCACGUCACCGAAUGGACGUAGUUUCUUUUUGACACCUCGUCAUCCCGAUGCCGUUAAAGCUGAAGGGGAUCUUGAAUAUCCUCUGAGUAAAAUUGUGGUUUUCAGUGAACACAAGGAUACUAUUCGCAGGGGCGGUGUUGCUUCUGCUAUGAAGAACUGUGCGUUCCAUGCUGCCGCCCAUGAGGCCCUUUUAUCACCAGAGUCAGCAAAGGUAUCAGUUCCACCAUCGACAGUAGUGGGCCCUGGAAUAGAUAUUCUUCCAUAUCUACUCCUUCCUCUAGCUGGACCCGAGGAGCUUGAUCUUGAGGAACAAGAGCGCUUACCUUCUGCCCUUCAAUUCCUACCGUCCACUAAAACAAGAGAACCUGAUAAUGUGUUGAGGUUAACACACGUCGAGACUUUACUCCUUCUAUGCACUACACGCUGGGGACGAGAGUAUCUCAGGGCGAAUGGUGUGUAUGAAGUUGUCCGCGGAGCGCAUGCAAACGAGACCGUUGAUAAGGUGUCAGAACAUAUUGAGCGCCUUGUCAUGUUAUUGAAGGGAGACGAAAAAGCGGAGAUCGAAGAAGUCGGUAGUGAGGAUCAAAAUCAAGAAGGUGGGGCUGAUUCGGAAGACGAAGACGGCAAGAUCGAAGAAAUAUGAUGGUUUGAAGAAACAAUGUAGUAAAGUAAUAAACACCGUCUUGUGUUAGGCUCGUCCCCAACCUGCUUGGCUAGCUCGCCCUUAUCAUGUUUGCCCAUAUGAAUUUGCCAGCUUGCGAGCAGGCUGGGACCACUUGUCGCCAUUUUGUGAGGAGGACAAAUUCCUCACCAAAGACGAGGUGGGGACUCGUCGUAGGGACUCAGAAGUCACAAAAAGGUCAAAAACUUAGUGUACAAAAAAGCAUUUUUGUAACUAUGUCUUAUGUAAGCAUGCGGAGGAGAUGGCGACUCAAAAG